GAGGAGGGGGCAUGCGCGUCACACGCUCGUGGGGGGAAAUCAAGAGGGCGAAAACGGCUCGUGGACACAAUGGAUUUGCGAACCAAUGGACUUUGCGUUGAUUAAAGGACGGAGUCUUCGAUGAACACGAGAAACAAGGAGGAGAAGCAGAGGGCUAUGCUGUUUCUACUUGUCUUUACUGCUGUUUGAUUAACCAUGAUGAAGACUGAACCCCCAUCUGCAGCCAGCGGCAGCACUAGCACCACCCUUGUAGCAAGAAGUGCAUCGCCGCACAGGAAUGCCUAUGAGGCUGGAAUUCAAUCUCUCAAGCCGGUAAAAGAUUCCAGUGCUGCUAAUGGGGAGGAUGGGAAACCUCGACCACAGGGCCGGGGCCGCAGGUACGGCUCCAAUGUGCAUCGCAUCAAGAACAUGUUCAUGCAGAUGGGUUCUCCCGGGGAUGAAGAGGAUCCGUCGAAGGCCAAAGCCCCAGACCAGACGAUCCGACUGUCCCUUCCCAGAGCAAGCAGUCUAAAUGAGAAUGUGGAUCACAGUGCACUGCUCAAACUCGGCGGGACUGUGUCAGAGCGGGUUAGCCGCUUCGAUGGAAAGACUGAUGGUAGCGGAUCCCGUGGAUCAACCACAGGCAUCUCCAAGCUGCAGGAGACACGGAAGAUAUUUGAACAACGUCACAUGCAGGAGAAGCAGGCAGCGACUAAUCGAAUCCUGUUAAAGAAAGAGCGGGCGUCAGGGUUCCAAGACAGUCGUCUGGACGUGGUGGUUCGCUUCAAUGGCAGCACUGAGUCAUUGGACAGGCUGGAUGCAGGCGACUGUCCCGCAGAUGCAGUGUCCCCUACGGUCAGCCAGCUGAGCGCAGUAUUUGAAAGAGUAGACCAGCGUAACAACCUUCACCGACCAUCCUCAACCUCCCCGCUGCCUUCUACCCCGGCCAAGGUGGAAGAAAUCAACUCCAAAGUCACCACCAGAAAGGCACGAGCCUUCUCUCCAACAGAAAAUCAAGAGGAGGGAGCUCAGCGCAUUGACCAAGAAGCUGCACCUGGGAGUCCGAAGAGUAGAACAAGCAUCCAACCUGGUGGACCCAAUAGCAAACCAUCCAAGGAUGUGGCUUCUGACAGUGCUGGCACAGUUUUCGAUACGUCCAGGUCAGAGGAGAUCCAGAAUGCAUCAAGCAAUGAUUCCAUACCAGGGGAGCAUGCAGCACCGGAUGCAGGGAGCAGACUGGUACAGGCGGAUGUCCACGCCUCUCUGGAAAACGGGGAGGCCACCAGAAGCCAUGAGCCCUCAGAACAAAGAGAGGAAAUUGGACAGGUCUAUGCUGAGGAGGAAUCCCACAGAGAGGAUAUCUCAGAAGCAGAUCUGGUGGACAUCAGCGCAUACAGCGGGAUCGGAGAGGACUCUGGUGGAAGUCAGCUGGACGAAGAUGAGGAGGCUGAGGAAGAUGAAGCUUAUGAACCAGAAUCCAGCUCUUCAGAAAUCCCUGGGUUGCCUGUAGAAGAUGAACCACCCCCCAGCAGGAAGAUUUGUUUCAGUACAAACCCCAUCAAGGUUUUCACCACAUACUCCAAUGAGGACUACGACAGACGCAAUGAUGAUGUUGAUCCCAUGGCGGCUUCGGCUGAGUAUGAGCUGGAGAAGAGGGUGGAGAGACUGGACCUAUUCCCCGUCGAGCUGGAGAAGGAUAAAGACGGAUUGGGAAUCAGCAUCAUCGGGAUGGGUGCCGGUGCAGACAUGGGCCUAGAAAAACUGGGAAUCUUCGUCAAGACUGUGACGGAAGGAGGAGCCGCCCACCGAGACGAAAGGAUCCAGGUGAAUGACUUGAUCGUGGAGGUGGACGGAACCAGUCUGGUGGGCGUAACCCAGAAUUUCGCUGCAUCGGUCCUCAGGAACACCAGCGGCACUGUCAAGUUUGUGAUUGGCCGAGAGAAGCCGGGGGAACAGAGUGAGGUGGCCCAGCUGAUCCAGCAGACACUGGAACAAGAGAAAUGGCAGAGAGAAAUGAUGGAGCAACGCUACAACCCCUAUAUGGAAGAGGACGAAGAGACGGGUGAAUAUGCCACAGAUGAAGAGGAAGAGAUGAGCCCCAUGUUUCCUAAUGCCAUCGAGGUGUUUGACCUGGCAGAGAAUGAAGACAUGGUUUCUCCUGUGGAGAUGGACCCAGAGAAACUCGCUCACAAGUUUAAGGAGCUCCAGAUCAAACAUGCUGUGACCCAGGCUGAGAUCCAGCAGCUCAAGAGGAAGCUGGCUCACGCUGAGCAGGAUAAGCUGCGCUGGAGGAUGGAAAGGGCUCAGUUGGAGCAGACGGUGAGAGAGAAUAAGGAGCGGAUGGAGAAGUUAGAGGGCUAUUGGAUGGAGGCUCAGAGCUUGUGCCAGGCAGUGGACGAGCACCUGAAAGAGACGCAGACGCAGUACCAGGCGCUGGAGCGCAAGUACAGCAAAGCCAAACGCCUCAUCAAAGAGUACCAGCAGAAAGAGAUUGAGUAUUUGAAGAAGGAGACUGCGCAGCGCAGAGCACAAGAGGAGUCAGAGGCCAGCCACAAGGUGGAGACAGAAAAUCUCCAGGAGAAGAUUACUGACUUGGAGUCAAAGGUUGGCACUCUGAAGAGCUUGGAGCCUUCGUAAGCCUUCCACUGUGGAACUGACGGAGAGAACGACAGAAACGCCUUCAACUCCGCCCACUCUACCCUCCGACCACAUUUUUACUCCAUGACCUGAAGAACCUGAUGGACUACAGGAAACAUGCUGAGGGGAUGUUACCGGGGACAAAGAGGGGACAAAACAAACACUGUACCAGACGCCCGAGGGACGUCUAGCUAUCAGGAGGCCCUUUUUAUAGUCAUUUAUUCAUGUUCUCCUUGUUUCUUUUUAAGCGCCCUUAAAGGUAUUAUGAGCCUCUCUGCUCUCGGCAGGAAUGUAGAACCUCUUCGUUAAUAAAUGUUCACUCACAUGCUUGCAGGAGAAGAACGAAGCGGUUGCCAGACGAAGACGGCACGGAUGCCCACAC